GCGACACAACGCGCCAACCACGCAUUCGAAAUCUCAAACGCACUCCUUACUGCGACUUCUUUUGUACGACUGCCGCAAUUACUCUGAUACUACGUCUGGGACACCUCAUAUGGCCUUUGUACCUCCGACAAUCCCUGGGCCGACGCCUUCUAGCUCUCGGACAAGGCAUUCUCUGAAUACCUCUUUCUCGUUUGGGCCUCAGUCAUUGGUGAACUCCUAUACUGAGGGUAAUAGCAGUGUAGCUUCUAGUCGAAAGUCUUUUGCUCUCGACCCAAACCGCUCUAUUCUGCCCGUAUCUCCGCUUCGAUCGUCACCUCGUGUGCCUCGUCGCCCGAAACCUAGUCUGACAGGUCGACAUCCGCUAGCUAACGAUACCACCGACGUGUUUCAAGAUUCAGAAGAUGAGGAGGAAGACGUUGGUGGCUAUGAAUGGAGUAUGGUGGAUCGAAUGAGGCUCUGGAGACAUGAUGCGUUGAUGCAACAUUUAUAUGAGACGGCUGCGUUCUGGGGGGACAAGAUCGUGAAUUGGACAAACGAUCCAAACGACGCGUUCUGGCUCGCGCAAACGUUUUUCCUCACACACCAAUAUUCUCGAGCCGAACGUCUCCUCACACGACCCUUCCCUACCACCGCACCACGCAAACCUCCGGGUGGUCCUGUCCUCAAUGGAUUUUCCGACUCUAAAGGCAAGGGAAAGGAGGUCGCACACGAUCCCUCAUCGAAGAUACACCCAACAUCAUUUCCACCUCGACUUCCUGCAGGAGGUGCUGGAGAGAUGAUUGACGUGGCAGUAGAAUUCCACGAGGGCGUUUCUCGUCUGGUGGAUAUGAGUGUUGCAUGUCGUUACCUUGCUGCUCAGUGUCAAAUGAGACAGGGUAAAUGGAGGGACGCGACUGAGAUGCUUGGAGAGGCGAAUCCCUUUCGAGGGACUUCCAAGAGUGGGCCUGCAGUCCCUAAUGUAGAUGGGGGAAUCAAAAUUGAAGCUUCCAUGUGUCAUUUGCGUGGACUACUCAUGAUGAAGCUCAACAAGACUGUACAAGCGAAGGAAUGUUUCAUGGAAGCGUUGUCGCUAGAUGUGAAAUGUUAUGAAUCGUUCCAACAGCUUAUUGACACCGAGAUGUUUACCCCCGAAGAAGAGUGGGAGUUCGUCCAGUCGCUAGCAUAUCGGGAACAGACACCUGAAGAUGCUGACUUUGUACGACUGAUGUACACAUCUCGACUACGCAAAUACAAGCAUGCUGAAGAACAUGCCAUCGCCCGGAGACGACUCGUUGAAGAGUAUGGGUUGUCGGACAACCCGGAUGUGUUGUUCAGCUUCGCAGAAGCGCUCUACAUAUCAUUCAGAUGGGCGGACUGCUUUGCAAUAACAACCAGAAUUUUGGGUCUACAAGCCGUUCAUGCUCCAACAAUGCCCCUCCACAUUGCCUGUCUACAUCACCUAUCCCAUCUCCAUUCAAAACUAUUCAUACUCGCACAUGAACUAGUUGACAAAGAACCUGAGUCGCAUAUAAGCUGGUAUGCUGUUGGCGUUUGGUAUAUGAGCGUUGGCAAGUACCCGGAAGCGCGAACGUACUUCAGCAAAGCGACGAUCAUGGAUCCACGGUUUUCACCUGCAUGGAUCGCGUUCGCACAUUCGUUCGCGUUGGAAGGCGAACACGACCAUGCUGUCACGGCGUACUCGACGUGCGCACGUAUGUUCAAUGGCUCGCAUCUUCCUCUGAUGUUUAUCGGCAUGGAACACCUCAUAUUGUCCAAUUUAAACCUGGCAGACGAAGCCUUGAACGCUGCACAUACGAUGUGUGAUGGCGACCCUUUGUUGUCAAACGAACGAGGUGUCAUGGCUUUCAACCGCGGACAAUAUGAGGAAGCCGCAACGUUAUUCCAGGAUGCUAUCAAGCUAGCGCAAGUAACUCAGACUUCGGAGAUUGAGUGGGCACCCUCGUACGUCAACCUCGGGACCUGCUACCGAAAAUUAGGACGGUAUGAGGAGGCGAAGACUGCCUACCAACGUGUUCUUAGCCUGGACCCUCGGAAUACGUCUGCCCUGUCAUUCCUAGGGAUCGUAUACCAUAUGACAGGCGAUAUCGACGCUGCGAUCGUUAAGUACCACGAAGCUUUGAGCGUCGAUCCGAUUAACCCUCACGUCCUUGAGCUACUCAACAUGGCUCUAGACUCAAGUCGGGCAGGUAGCAGUCUUCGGAAGAAGACUAUGCCUGGUGGGGAAGUUGAAUGGGCAAAAAGGAUGCGAGAUAAACAAGCAAAAGGAUUGUUACCUGCUGCUGGUGCUGGAUCAGGAGACGUUGAGAUGGCGUCGUAGUAGCAUUGAUCUUUUAUUUGCCCGAUAUACUCAACAUACACGUGGGUCAGACAAGCUGAGAAGCACUCUAGCUCCAACUAUGGUUCUAGUCUGGAUGUGCGAGUGGAGAUGGUAAAAUACAGCACGAGAGCUAGUACAGUGACCCUGGAAAAAUGAAACGCCUAUGCUCCCUACUAGAGUGGUUUGAAUCUUGGUAGCGAGAAGAUGUCAGUACCGUGGUGGUCUUGGCGGUCGCGGCUGUGGAGGACCUAUUGUAAAAGGAAGAUAAUCCAUGUUAACUUUUUGCCAUUCAAGAACAGAUUCAGUGCAUACCUGUU